UAUUCACUUUUAUGUACUAUUCUAUAGCUACGAAAUAUGUUUUAAUACAGUAUUUUACCUUUUGUCCUUGGCUUGUAAUUAUUCUUUCAACUAAAAACUAAAAUAAAAAAUCCCCUUUUCAACAAAGUUGAACGACAAUCCUUGCCCCAACAUACAAGAACAUGCAUGCGACAUUUUCGAAUUUCCCGCUUCGCUGUGGAAGACAGCUGGCUCAAUGCUAUACGGGCUCAGCUGUCAAACCGAAAACGAGGCUAUCCCUGUAUGUAAUGAUAGAAAGUAUGGUUUUUCACCGAGAUUCCUUUGUUUACUUCGUGUUUUAUCCAUUUUUUGACACUUUAUCGCCUUGAUCGUCAAUGAUCUGCAUUAUGGAUCUAGAAGAAGACAACAGUAGCUCGUUGAAGGAGUUGGCUAAGCUAAAAGUAAAGGAUUUGAAAGAGAUUCUUCGAGAAAAUGGCGAACCAACGUCUGGCAAAAAGGCCGAUCUUGUAGUUAGGUGCGAAGUCAUCCAGAGAAGAAAGGAAACACAACAAAUUUCCGAGGACAGGACGAGUACUCUAUCGGCAGCAGUAUCAGAAACGGAGCAAGCAAAUAUAGCAUCAAAAGUUACAUACAAGACUAUCUCUAAAGAGGCAGAAAUGUGCGAGUGGACAGCCGAUCUACGUAAACUGCCAAAUUUCGACUUUCUUCAACUAUACGACUAUCUUGUUGUUUCAAUGGACAAUCAUGAAACCCUCAAAAAGUCCGGUGGCUUUAAAAAGCUGAAAUCGUUGAAAUUCUUUAAGGAAGGUCACAUAAAAAAGAUGCUAUGUGCUACUCAUGGACAGCAAAUUUACCUGAAGUGUCAGGUUGUGGCGUCAAUGAAGUCGAAGGCAUACAACUCGAUUGUUUGCUUUGAUCAAGCUGGAACAAUUCUUAAGGCUGCAUGCGAGUGUGUUGCAGGGUUAGGUGUUUCUGGUUUGGGGAGGUGUAACCAUGUUGGUGGGAUUCUGUUUGCUGUUGAAGAUUUUGGAAGAAAAGGACUCCAAGAUAGCCCUGAACCUGUAUCCUGCACUUCACAACUGUGUAAGUGGAAUGUACCCCGAAAAGUGAAGGUCGAUCMCAAACCAGUGGAUGACAUUGUCAUAACAAAASAUCACUAUGCUAAAGAGUCUGCUAAAUUUGCAAAAUUUAGUUUAUAUGACCCCCGUGCACCUUGUGACAGAGAGGUUAAUGAAAAGUCCUUACAGCAGCUGUCAUCAGAUCUUGCUACAUGUAUGAGCAGUAGCUCUUUCUUCCUGUUUUAUCCAGCAGUAAAUGUGGAAGUUGAUAGUAUUUGUGAAGCUGUACCUAUCAAUGCUGCUGACCAAUGCAGUAAAACCUCUGUAUCAACUGUGCUUAUCAAAGAAGACAGUUCUUCUGAUGAGACCUCAGAAUUACCAUUCAAUGACUGUUAUGACAUUUCUUCAAAAUCCUUUCAAGAAAUGAUAGAUGAAUAUCAAGAAAGUGUUACUGAUGAAGACAUCGAGAGAAUAGAGACAGAAACCAGAGGCCAAGGCAACAAUCAACUGUGGAAAGACUUAAAGAGGGAAAAAUUGACUGCAUCUAAUUUUAAAGCAGCAGCAGUUAGAAAGAAGGAACCUGAUCUAUUUCUGAAAAGAAUCAUGUAUAUCAGAACUGGUGAACAAAAGUGCGCAAAAUCCCUUGUAUAUGGAAAUCUACAUGAAAAUGAUGCUGUUCAAUGUUAUGUUAAUGUAAAAAAACUAGAAGGAGAUGUAGAUUUGAGAGUACAGGAGGUUGGAACAAUUUUAUCAAAGGAAAGACCAGGAUUAGGUGCAAGUCUAGACAGGAAGGUAUAUGAUCCAAUGUCAGUGGGUAUGAAAGAGGGAGGGCUAGAAGUAAAAUGCCCGUUUUCAAAGAGAGGUAUGACAGUACAUCAAGCUUGUGAGGAUAAAGCAUUUUAUCUGGUUAGAUUGAAUGAAGGAAAAAUUUCACUUAAGGAAGAACAUCAGUACUACUAYCAAAUACAGGGUCAAAUGUUUGUGUGUAACCUGGAAUGGGUUGAUUUUGUUGUGUGGUUUUGUAACAGCAAUGUAUUCAUAGAGCGCAUAUACUUUAAUCACAACUGGUGGCAUAGUAAUGUAUUACCAAAAUUAGAUUAUUUUUAUAAAAGAGCAUUCCUACCAGAGAAAUUAACCAGAAGAGUGGAGCGCGGUGUCAAGCUAUAUAAGNGUUAUAGCAUUAAAAAUCAAAACUCAAUGCCCAUAUUUAUUGUAUUACACAUAUAA